GACUUCUGUUCCCUCCUCCUAAACUUUGAGAACCGGGCCAAUGCGAUGUACGUGCAGACCGACAUGACCGUCUACUGGUAAAGAAAAGCCAGGAUAAUUUAAACUACACAGAUGUUCGAUGUGGAUACGACAAAUGAAAGAGUGAGAUCAUGUUCCUGCAUGAAAAAAGGAAGAGCUGGUCUCAAUUUUUUAUCUGUAUAUUUUUUAUCACCACGGUUCUGGUCGAAGCCCAGUAUGAGAAAUAUAGCUUCACAAGUUUCCCCCAGAACGACAUUAUGCCACUGGAUUCUGCUUACGGGCAUGCCAUUGACCAGUACUCCGCUCAGAGCUGGAAAGAGAGCAUAAAAUACCUGGAACUUUGUUUGCGCCUCCAUCGGCUCCUGAAGGACAGUGAGGCGUUUUGCAGCCAGAACUGUACUAAUGUCAGUCGGGAAAAUGAUACUUUAUUCGCCGACAGCAGCCUCCGAAUUAUGCGACAUUUCUUACUCCGGGCAUCGUGUCUAAAAAAGUGUAAGGCAUCCUUUCCAGUGUUUGCAGUAGCCAACCCAAGGCAAGAUGUUCUGGAAGCUUUCGAAAAAAGGGUACCAUACCGGUACAUACAAUAUGCCUACUACCAGUUAAACAAUUUGGAGAGGGCUGUAUCUGCAGCCUACACUUUCCUCCAGAAGAACCCAGAGGACCCUUACUUAACCAAGAACAUGAACUACUACAAAACUCUUUUUGAAGUGGAUGAAUACCUCAUCGACCUUGAGGAGCGUCCUUAUGAGGGCGUCUUCCUGAAAGCUGUCAAGCUGUACAACUCUGGAGAUUUCAGCAGCAGUGCUAGAAACAUGGAGCAGGCCACCACUGAGUACUUCAAAGUGUAUGGUUUCUGUCUAGCAGGAUGCGAGGGCUCAUAUGAGAUCACAGAGUUCAAAGACUUCUACCCUACAUUAGCAGACCUCUACACUGAGGUGUUGAGGUGUAAGGUGAAAUGUGAGGCGGACUUGAUGCCCAACGUCGGGGGUUUCUUUGUGGAGAAGUUUGUGGCCACCAUGUACCACUACCUCCAGUUUGCUUACUACAAAUUGAACGACGUGAAGAACGCCGCCCCGUGUGCGGCCAGCUACAUGCUGUUUGACGCCAGCGACCAGGUGAUGCAGCAGAACAUGGUGUACUACCGCUUCUACCGAGAGCAGUGGGGCCUAGAGGAGAACCACUUCCUGCCCCGACCAGAAGCUCUGAUGUACUACAACCAGACCACCAAGCAGAGGGAGAUGCUGGAGUUUGCACUAAAUUACCUACAAACAGAUGAUGAGGAUGUGGUGAGUCCAGAGGAGGUGUCCCUGGGUCCCUCCACCCCCCCUGACGCUGAGUUUGAGGGGGUAGGAGACUAUGAGGAGUCCUUCGUAGCAGAAUGGUGGCAGGAGCCCAAGACCAAGGGAGACACUGGUGAUCCUGCAGUCUGACCCCCCUCCCUCCCCGCGAUCACCCCACAGGAAAGCAUUGCUGCAUCUCCCCAGUCUCUACACAGCAACACACCCAAUAAAGUAGCUAGCCUGAAGACACUUCCUAUCAACAGUCCACUUGCACACAUGCCUGGUGGGACAUACAUAAACAAACAGAUGGAGACUUCUGCGGAACCCAAGCUUAGAGAGCCCCCUCUCAGAGAAGCCACUCUCAGACCGCUGGUGGAAAUGACAGCGAUCCAACCAGGAAGGAAUGUUCAAAUAUAUAUUCAAGCAUUUGUGUAAUCUUUUAAAUAAGGAACGAUGUAUUAUGCUUGUUGAUAUGGCUUAUAUUUUUGUCUGUUACAUUUCUAAUUUAAUGAAAUGAGAUACGUUUCGUGUGCCUUAGCCUAAUAGGAAAGAGAUCUGGGAAUGGUGACUCAUCAAGAGUAUUUGGUACAGCAAGUUCAAAUGUCCACAUACUUAUGGCCAAGCAAACAACUGCACAAAAAUGUGGAAUAAAGU